UUCUCCUUGUUUUGAAGAUUUGUGUGCAGUCACUGUUUAUGUUGGAAAACUUCAAGAAAAUGAAUCCUAUUCCUAUCCCCAACAAAAGACAUUAUUACCAUGUCAGUCUCAUGUCAUCCGAAGUAGGUGGGUGGGCCCAGCGCAACAUUUUGUACAACGUUAUUAAAGAUUAGACUUAUUUGUCCAUAUUCAUGUUCGUGAAAAUAAAUAUUUAAUGAACCUAUGCAAAACGUUAUAAUCUAAGAGUAAGAUGCAGACAGGGCAGGGCCUUGGACAUGGUGGGCAACUGCAUUAAGUAAGGUCCAUCAUGGUGCAUAUGGUGAUGACGGGGUGGAGAGAAGUAAUUUUUACAGAGCCAGAUAUCAUAGCCUCUCCAGCAUUAGAUUUUGACCAGUGUUUUUAUGUGGUAAUGCAGAAGAAAAUGUACAAGACCGGGAAGUUGCAGGGAAGAUUUGAAAGAAAGGGGGCAAAGGUUAGUGAUCCUUACCAAGUUCUACCAAGUCUGUAUCAGACUUGUUUGAUUUACACACUAACAGCUAAAAUAGCCCCUAUAUGGAACAAAGUUGGAGAUUGGUUACUACAUGGGCGAGAUUUUUUGACACACAAUGGAUAUAUGAAUGCAAUUAAGAUGAAUCUAAUUGUCAAUUCAAAAGAACUAUAUAUGUCAGUGACUGGUACUUCAGUGAGAUGUCCUCAUGUACAGAUUAAUGAUUUAGAUGUAAGCUCUGAAUAUCUAGGAAAAAUGUUUCAAGGGCAUCCACAUUUUGAAAUACUGGAGUUAGAUCAGUGGUGUUAUAUUUUACCAAGUAUGAAGAAAGGUAGAAUAGUUAGUGUGUCACGUAAUAUUCCACAGUAUGAUUGCCCAUUUAAAACAUACAGAGACCUUAAAAAACAUUGGAAAAAUACUUAUGGGUAUAGACUUCCAGAAACAGAUGAUGAUCUGCUGUACUAUCAAGUAUCAUUCCUACCUUUAGGUGGUCGCCUCUUUACUUAUCCUAGUAUUUGUAUAAGAAGUCGUAAUCUACAGAGUAUGCCGAGAGUUGAUCCUAAACCUGUGAUAGCCACCUUUCUACAGGAUGUCCAUGGUAAAAUAUCACAAAUAUGUGGACAUCCUUUCAAAUUUCAACCUAAGAUUAGAUACACUGAACAACAGCUUCUUAACUGUUCUGAAGAAGAACCUGAUAUUAAACCAAAUUUAACCUGCAGAAAAAUGAAUCCAACCACAGGUCCAUUACGUCACAUCAGUAGCUUACAACACAAAUCACAUCCCUUAAAUAACCAACCUAUCAUCAAAAAUUCACAAUCACAGAGCCAGCAAAUGUUUAAUUUAACUUCAAAAUCCGACACAGCUAGUGUGAAGCCAUCAUCAUCUAGUAUACCUGAAGAUAAGAAUUUACAUCUCCCACCUGAAUAUUCAGUUUUUAAUGGAAAUACUGUUUCUUCUCUGAGUGUCAAUUCUAGAUCAGAUGAUAAAAAUACAUCUGCAAGCUAUGAUGUAGAAAAAGAACAACCAGAAAAAACAAGUAGGAUAAUCCCAUUAUUUAGACCAAAAAAUAAGUCAUUUAAACCUGUCAACAAAUCUAAUGUUCCAAAAACUGUUCCAUCAUUUGCAGUAAAACCUAGACCCCAGAUACCAGAGAGAAUAAUACAGUCAUCAUCUACCCAUAACAUUCCUAAUUCAAUUGAAUCAUACACUGUGCCUGUUAAUAGAUUACCUAAAACUCUUCCGAUAUUUACAUCAAAGAUACAGAAAGCCAAACAAAACUCAUUGAGUAUCUCUCCAAUGGGAACACCAAAGACACCAAGCUUUCCAUCUAAGAAACAAAUUGCUACUCCAAAGCAAUUAACUCCAAAAUUACAGAAAAGUGUGAUGAAACAGAAACCACCCAGUACACCAAAAGACCUCUUCACAGCCUCUGAGCCAAUAGAAAUUAGUUUUAAUAUCUAUAAUAAUGUGCCAUGUGGAAGUUCGUCUAUAGCUUCAACCCCAAAAGCUACACCAAGCUUUACACACAAGCUGAAAACACCAGACUUGCCGACACAUUCCUUUAGUAAAUUUACAAACAACAAACUAAUGAAAACUCCUGAUGGUACAGCUAAUAAAAGAAAAGAAAUAAAAACACCUUGUUCAGAGGGUGAAAGUGAAGCCAAAAAACCUCGAGCUAAACCCAGGUUACAAGAUGUUGAUGUUGAAAAACUAGCAAGGUCGAAUCAGUUGAAUAAAGUGAAUGCUCUUACACUAACAACAUGGUUGAAACAGAGAAAUGUAGUCUGUAAAGGUAAAGAUAAGAAGGGAGAUUUAGUUGAUAAAGUCUUCAUAUUUCUUAAUCUAGCCAAACCUGUCGAACUACAAACUCUAAUGCAGUGUCCUGAAGCUUAGACUACUGAAUUUGUCAAUAUAUAUAAUAAACAUGUUUUAAACUGUGAUAAUUCUAUUGUGCUUAUUCAGUUUCUUGUGUUUGCUGACAAAAUUACUAGGAUUCACUCACACACUGCUACUAUUAGGGUAUUCACCCUGUUUUAAUGAAAUUGGGUCAGUUCAAUUGAAUAUGCUUGAACAUCAGUCAAAUACUUUAAUAGACCAGAACACGGUCAUGGACAUAGAUGUUUCAAAUAAAACUUGUUGUACAACAGGACCACCAGAUCUAUUUCUAAGUCAGCAUGUUUUGGAUUCCAGUGCAUUUGAAUAAGUCUGUCUUCUUAACUGGGGUAGAAGUAGUAGCUGUUGGUUCAAUGUCUGAUUCAGCAUUUACCUGAGGGGUAAAUGACUUGGAAAAUCCUCCUAAACAGUGCCUUGGCCAACAUACAGCUAUCACAGGCUGGGUUAUUAAUAAUCAGUGUGGUAACUUUCACCACGGCAUGUAGUAAUAUUACAAUAAAUCACAUGUUUAUAAUUUUAUUACAUCACAUGUAUAUUUAUACAAUAUAAACAAUAACAAUAUCAUUUUUAACAAGCUUCAUCAUCUGUAAUUAACAAUAUUCAAUAUAUAAUAUUUAUUGGCUUUAAUCUGAAUAAAUAAACAAUGGAUAUAUAAGUAGGAAUCUACAUACAGAAAAAUAUUGAAAUAACCAACAAGAAGAGAUGUGGUACAAAUACCAGUGGCUGCCAGGCAGGAUAUGCCCACAUUUUGCAAGAGAUGGAUACAGAACAAGCUAAAAACAAAAACGAAAUUCGAAUUCAACCUUCAUUAUGGUGGAAUGGUGAUAUAUCUAAACAGUUUUUAAAAUCGGAAAAAAAAUGUAACCUCUAAGAGAAUCCAUCCACAAGCUAAAAAUGCGAUUUUUCGACCCAUCAGGGGCAAUAAACAAGGAAGUUACGUUCGGAUAUGUGUGAUUAUCAAAAGGGACCAAGAUCUUUAUGAUAAAAACAUAUUUAAAGUUUCAUCCAAAUUGGAUAAAAACUGUGGCCUCUAUUCACCUUUUUUUUUUUAAAUCAGAUAAAAAUUGUGACCAGUAUUGAGACCACAAGCUCAAUACACGAUUUUUCAUACAAUCAAGGGCCAUAA